CAGACACGCUGUGUCCACUCGGUUUGCUGGUCAAGCUUUUUGACUCCGAAGUGGGCAUCUUCGUUUUUUUGUACAUCUCACUUCCGUGUUUGCUGUCUUCUCACGAAAUACUUCAUCUUCUCAUAAAACAUACAAAUAAACAAGUGUUAACUCUAAGAUGGCUAUGGUGAAGAGUGGCUGGCUUCAUCGACAGAGUACCAUACUGCGUCGGUGGAAGAGGAAUUGGUUUGACUUGUGGGCUGACGGACGACUCGUGUUCUACAAUGAUCAACAGCGGCGUGACAUGGAGGAUGACAUCCACAUGAGGGUCGACUGCAUUAACAUCCGCAACUCUGCUGCUUGUCAAGAUCUGAACCCACCGGAGGGGAAGAUGCGCGAUGCCUUGCUCCAGAUAGUGUGCAGAGACGGACGGGUCAUCAGCCUGUGUGCGGACAGUGCAGACGAUGCCCUGGCGUGGACCAUGGCACUUCAGGAUGCCAGAAUUAAUGCGAUGGUCACUGCACCUCAGAUCGGCUUUGCACAGGACGUGAUGGCAUCUGCUCCCCCACCCUACUCAGAAUAUGCUCCUCCACCUCAGCAGGUUUACGCCCCAGGCCCGUACGGAGAAUAUGUUGCACCUCCACCACAUGCCACACAGAUUGUAUACUCUGCUGACGGGCAGCCCUACGCUGUAGCAUAUCCUUACCAGUACCAAGGUGCGUACCCCGCUCCUGGAGUGAACCACGUUGUGAUCCGAGAACGCCAGCGUGAAGACGGAGGAGACGUGGCUUUGGGCAUGCUCGCCGGAGCAGCGACUGGUUUGGCCCUCGGCUCUCUCUUCUCAGUCUUCUAGUGUCAGGAUUAACGUACAACUAUUAGCACAGCGUCCCCUCUUAUUAGCAGCAUUUGGCUUCUUCUCUGUGCCGUCACAGGAGUCGGAGUGAAAUGUGUCUGUUGGGCUACUACCAUCUAUGAAGCAUGAUUGUGAUGGGCAGUGAUUUCCUCCCUAUGUGUUCUAUAUAUACAGAGUAAAUACUGUUAGCACUUUCUCAUAUGCCCUGUGUGGCAGCUUCCCAACCCUCUUUGUGUUGUCUGAAUAUGAAUGUUCUUAACCAAAAAACACAACUAUUACUCACUUUUUAAGAGUCAUUUAAACAACAGGAAAAACACUACUCCUUAUAUGUACUGUAUAUUUCAGGUCCUUGUUGUUUUUCAAGUUAUGUCUGUUUCAUGGAGCACAUUUGUCCUUUAUAUUUAUCUAAGUAUCUUAAUAGCCAUAAAUGUGUGUGUGUGUGUGUGUGUGUGUGUGUGUGUGUGUGUGUGUGUGUGUGUGUGUGUAUUUGUUUUUUUUUUUUUUACAGGUUUUGAGUUUGCCUCGGUACCUUUUACUUUACUUUAACAUGUAUAACUUGUCUGUUAUGGUCGUGAAUAUGCAGUGUUUCCUUCAGCUCUUCAGGUUAUUUGUGGUGGAGGCAGGCUGAGACGAGACACACAUAAAGCAAUAAUCACUUACACUGUAGCGUUUUGAGGUACCUGUUUGAAAUCUGGUCGUGAUGGAUGCCUGAUGUCGUCACCACAAUUAAGUCUAUGUGUGAGGAAACACUGGCGUUACAACAAUGUGCUUUGAAGUGAAAAGGGACGUCACUCCUAAUGCUGCGUUCACAUGAAAUCAAGGAGACGGCAGACGGCAAACUGGAGAUCAUUUUAGUGGACGAGAGCUGGACGGUAAUAUUUGGUGAGAUGGAAGAUGGCAAAAUAUUAAAAUAUUUUAACGUUUGCCAUCCUCCACGAUGAAAUUUAGAGCCGGAUGUUACAUAGCUUCCUUAAAACACAGAUGAUCUGGACAUUUCUAGAAAAAAUACAUAAAAUAAUUAACCUGAAAUUAUUUUAUUUAAUAUAAAUAAUUCUUUGUAGGCAGUAUGGCAUCGCCAUUGCAACAUACCAUUCUGUCGGGCUGUUUUCCCCGUGUGUUGCCCGCCUGCUGUCUACCGCCUGAUUCCCUGUGAACGCAGCAUAAUGCAUGCAUAUUUGCAUGCAUUAUUUAUGGUCUUUUUUCAUUGGCAGCUGUUGUAUCAUACGUUUUAUUUCAUUUAAAAUGUGUUUGAAUUUUCAUUUCAGCAGGCUCAGUGCAGCAGUUUACUCAAACACCAGUCAGGUCGAUGAGUCUUUUGAGUUUCAGUUACAUUUCAGUCGGCCUGGACUUUUAUUUAUCACUCCAAAUGACUUAAAUAUUGUACGUUUUCUCCAUUAUUCACGUGACUUAUGACAGCAUUUACUCACUUUGAAAUAUCAACUUCUGCUUAGUAGAAAACAAUUUGGUCUGCUCUUCAAAAACUCUGCAUAUCUUUAUUAAUGACACUAACACACAAGAUGUUUAAGACUUCUAGUUCCACAUCGUUUCAUUUCAGCAUCAGCUUGUGCAAGCAGCAUAACAUUGAUGUCAUUUUUCUACAGGUCUCAAAUUGUUUAAAGAUGUGAAAUUAACCUGUUAUAUUUCUCCUAUCAAAUGUACUAAUUAAAUUAUGAUCUAUCCUGCAUUUAGAGUACAAAUAUGACAGUUAACUAAGAGAUGUAUUUUAACAAUUAAAUAUAUUCACAAAGUUAA